ACCACUGCUCGGCAUAUAAACAACACGGCCGUUCAGAGCAAGGGCUGCGUAGGUGCUGGAAGAGCCUCAUUAUGGCGUAAAUACUCCCUCCACGGCGCCAUAAACUCUAAUACAUUGUCGAGAACUGUACUUUAUCCACGGAGAAGCGACGAGACGGAGGACAGAAGGGGUUGAGUUACUUGAAGCAGGAGAGGCGGUGGUCCAGAGCUGGCAGAGUGGUUUAAGGCUAACAUGAGUGGCAGCAAGGACCAGGGUGGCAUGGCCAUGGAGGUGGCGGGCCAGGGUGUGGAGGUCUUCAAAAAGCCCCUCCAGCCGGCCCCUCACAGGAAGAAGAAAGUACUGGAUGAGGAAACUUACGUCAGGGAACUGGAAAAGAUCAUUGAGAGGGACUUCUUUCCCGACCUUGACAACUUGAAGGAACGGAUGGAGUACAUUGAGGCGAAGGAGAGCAACAACGUGGGCAAGCUGCGGGCGCUCUUCAAGAAAUAUGCAAGUGAGGGCAACAGUACGGGUCUCCGCAGCAUCGAAAACAGCCCGGCCACCUUUGAAACGCCAGUGGAAGACAAGGGCUAUUCAACGCCUGCCACCCACCGCUCCCGAGACGAGGAUAGCGAGUCGUUGGCAGGGUCCGGAGAAGAGGGGGAGUCUAAUAGAGGUUCCGUGGGUAGGCAUGAAAUGUCCCUUGAUGUGUUCUUGGAUAAGCACACCAGUGAGGACAACGAGAGCUUUGAGGAGCUGAUGCAGGAUAACGAGAGGAGGUUUAGACAGAAGCAUGCGUGGAUGUUCGAGGCGGAGGAAAAACACAACAAGGACCACACGCCCAACCUGGCCCUCCCCACGGCUGAGCAGCAGGCAGAGGCAUCGGUCCUGGCCAUCACCGGAGUUUCCCCAGAGAAGGACACGCGACCCAAGCAGGUGGAAAACUGGAAAUUCAAAACCUUCAACUCUGUCAUGUUUGUGCCGAACGGUGAGGAAAUGUCCAAGGAUAAGCAAAUUGAGGCUGGGAAGCAGAAGAAGCAAGGCAUCAACCUGCAGAACACCAGGUUUGACGGCAACCCCUUCACGGAGACCCUGAGUGCUGCCGCCAUGCUGGAGGCCUCGGCGGUGCAGGCCAGCAAGAAGGAGGGGAAGGUCGGGGUGGAUGGUCGGGAGCUUGGCAAGGACUCUCCACGGGUGAACGGGUACAACUUUGUGACGGCCCCCUCCCCAGUGCCUGGUGUGGACGCCUCUCCCCUCAUGACCUGGGGUGAGGUGGAGGGCACCCCGUGUCAGCUGGAUGGCAGCCAGACGCCUCUCCUCAAGAAACACACUCCAGGACCCUCCUACAGGAUACCCCAGCUCCCUAGUCGGGACCGCAUUGGACACAAGCUGUCGGAGCAGGCCAGCCAGAAACACCGGAACAAGAAACAGAAGGCGAUGAUGGCCGCCAAGCAGGGCCUGGCGUCCCCCUUGGUCAGGUUUGGGGGCCAGACAUCCCAAGAGAGAGUCAUGUCCAUGUCCCCUGCAGCACAGAAACUCCUCAAGGCCAAAGUAAGGAUGCAGCAUGGCACAGACAAGUCCUUACAGGCAUCCUACACCCCAUCCCCAAGUGUGAGGCGCACCCCAGCCACCCCGGGGGCCAUCACACCCUGCCUUGGGGAACUCACGUCCUCCAUCAGGAGCAUAACGCCAAAACUGCCGACGCGAAUGAAGAGAACGCCCUUGCUGGGUUCGGAGGAGGCAGAGAUAUCUUCGGGACUCACCGACAACCUGCUGGACUUGCCAAAGAGACAGAAGAAAUCCCCAGCCAGGGACGGGAGCGGCGCAGAGGGACCAAGGAAGUGUGCGGCGGACUUCUUCUAAUGACAGUAUGCUUGUGUGUGUGUGUGUGGUCUGUGAUAUGAAUGAAUGCAACUAAGGAAGGUGUGCAGUAUCUCAAGGCUUACAGUAUAUAUAUAUGAAAAUAAUAUAAGUUUAUGAAG